CGAAUACGAACCAUUCCGGUAACAACCAUUCCAAUAUCAAAUCUUCUAAUAUUAUUCUUUCCUCAUCUCCUUUUUCUUCCUCUUCCCCAGACGCCGCUCUCGCCGACGAGCUCGACUAUAUUACUGUAUCAGCUCCACAAGAAUCUCAUUCCCAACAUCCUCGUUCUCCCCGUCCGGUGGAUAAGGCCUCUCGUAUACUAGGAAUUGCUCAUCGCAAGUCCAUGGAGCCUAUUCCAGCCUCUACCCGCACGUCUGUCGUAUCAACUCGUUCGGCACCAUCAUCCCCAACACAACAUGCCCCAACCCUUCCUCUCACUUCUCUUUACGUCGUCUCAGGGCUUCCAAAGAGUCCUCAUACAUGGACUCUUGCCGACCCCGAUGCUGUUCUCGGUUUAUCUCACUCAGAGGGUGCAGUCGCCCGCUGGUGGAGGCCCGAGGUUCUCGGCAGUACCGUGAGCCCUGGUGCUGGUGGGGGCAAGAAAAAGAAGAAAGCAAAUAAGGGGGAGAGUACUGAGAUCCUCAAGGGCGCAGGUGCUCUGUCGAAAGCUGAAGUAGGAAAAAUGUUAUCAAAAGCGCUCAAGCUCUCGUUCACGCGUGAAGUUGAGAUCAUCGCGUCAACGCUUCAGCCGGCGAGCACAAUCCAUACUUUUACGUUUACCCUUCCUGCGCCUUCCACUCCCCUCGCGCCUGCACCUUCUGAAGUGGGUUUACUUCGCGCAUCUGUCCUCACCGGAACGGAUCGUUCUUCUGCAGCCCCCACAUUCUCCUUCCCUUACACUGAUGACCCAUUCCUCAAUGCCCGUCCUUCAUCAGCAUACCUUGGUCCGCCGAGCGCCCUCCAACUUCCUCCAGCAUCCCCGACAUCUCCCAUGUUCGAAAAACAAGCGUCAGGUGGAAAUGGAGCAACAGUUACCUACCAUGGUGUCUGUCUGACCGUAUGGAGUCACGCUGAUGCUGAGAGAAGUUCGGCAAUUCGCCGCACUCUCGAGGCAGGUCGUGCGCGCAAGGAGAGUGCGCAAUCACUAGUGGCUACGCGGCUGAGAGCGCUGCGUUCUUCAAACCCUCCAGGGUCUUCACAGUCCCCUGGAGAUCCAGCUAGGAGAGUGAAUAAAAAGAGUUUUAAGGGGCCUUGGUCGGGUACCGACGGUGAGACCGACGGCGAGGGUGCUGAAACUGACGCUGGUGCUAUCAGCGAGAGUGAUUAUGACGUGGCAAGUACCGUAGGUGGCCACGGUCCUGGUGAGAGUACCCUGUUCUUGCCUGGUGAUACCGUAUUUUGGCUCCCCUAUGCACUCACGCUGGUGUCGCGUCACCCGAUCUACGAUCUCAUGCGUGACUACCUAACCCUUUCUUGGGCUCGUUUCUCUAAAGAUGUGCAGUCGCACACCUUGCAGAUCUCCAAAAUCCUGGCCCAUCCUGCUCCACGCGCCGGUGAUCUCAUCAAGCUCGAUGCUUCUUCCACGCCCAUCCCCUCGACGAGCUCUACUCCCCCACAAACCGAUGACACAAACCUCGAGGUUAUUGCCCGCUUCCCUGGUGGCUUGGACUUUGGCCGCGGUCUCGUGGACAUCAAUUUUACAAUGUGGCCCUUGUUCAAGUGCUUGAACAUCGAUAACAUUCUUACUAUAUGCGAAAUUGCCCUGGCGCCGACAGGUCGUAUUCUAUUUUACUCUAGGCAUCCCGCCAUGCUCGGAAUCGCAGUAUGCACGAUCAAGUACCUUGUCGAGUUGCGGGGUUGGUCGGGGAUCGCCCUGCCUGCUGUCCACGCCCGUGACGCUAAGAUCUAUAUCGACGACCCCGGACCAUGGAUCCUCGGCCUUGCCACUGAAACGAGAUACAGCGUACGUCCGGGUCCCGAGGUUUGCGUAGUUGAUCUAGACAUCAACUACCUGAGUUGUCCAUCUCCCCCUCCUGGUGUAGUGUCUACUAAGCAGCAACGGGACAAAUAUAGGCAGCGUCUUCUUAUUGCAUUCGAGCCGCACUAUCAUCCCGAUCAUAGUGUGCCUUCCGAAUUCAAAGAAGCUUUCCCUGCGGGUCGAUUCCGCCCUGUCUGCAAGAUUCAGGCGAAACGCGGUGGUGAAACUGCUGCUGUCGCAGACACAAUCAAGGCACCUGAGUGGUGGCAUUCCACGCGGAUUAUCCAAGCAUUUGAUAGUGUGCUACAGGAUAAGUUUAAGAAGCCUUCGUUUCUCAAGCGCCUCUCCUCUUUCGGCGCAGCUCGGCGCAUCCCCAAGCUCACUCCUGCCGAGCAGCACAUUCAGCUAUCCAUUCGCAAACGUGCGACUGCGUUUGUCGAUGCUCGUGAUGACCUUGAGACAAAGAUCGGUCGUCUUUCUCGUCGUCUCAACUUCCUCAUGACGGAAGCAGAUUUAUGGCGGGAUAAGUUUGUUACGUUCGAGCAAUACGCGGAGCGCUUGAGUGCCGAGGCUGGCCAGCUGCGUAGCAAGAUUGGAAAGGAGCAAAGAGAGACAAAGCGGCUAAGUGGUUUGGUCCACCUCACAGCUGCCGAGAAGGCGAAAUUGCAGACACAGCUGUAUGAUACGGAGGUUGCACACAAGGAAGCUCUUGUUGAGCUGGAACGCAUGCGCGAGACCAUGGAAAGGAUGGAGGAAGAACGUGCGGAGAUGGUUGCUGAGGUCGAGGCCCAGAUCGAACGUGCACUUGCUUCCAUGGCUGUCGACGUCGACGAGUCUGAAUAUGAAGGGGACCUCGCAUCCCGUCCGGGGUCACGUAUGUCAGCAGCGAGGUCUACCGCCAGUGGCUCACGCUCGCGGAGAGCCAGUGACCCAAUCAAGGACGGUUCGGUCAGUAGUGGAUCCAGAUUACGCAGCUUCGGGACAGAAUCCACUCUUGCGGAACAAUACGAGAACGGUGAUGAGACUCUUGUGCACAGCAAAAGUGAUCGUGAGACUGACACGAUUGCGGAAGAAGACGAGACACCAGCGUCACCAAAGACAAAACGCUUCUCCGCAACUCAGGCUGAGUUAGUGCAAGAUGGUAUGAUGGCUGUGGACGAGGGUAUCAGCGAAAGGAGCGAUAGAAUCGCACAGAAAGUAUUACAGAUCCAGCAGAAGCUUGAGACUGCACUGGCCUCAGAACGGGUUCAAGAAUGGAAGAACAGGUCUGCUGCGGUCCAUAGUUCUACAGAGGAUGAACGAAGCAACGACUCCGAUGCCGUCCCUGUUCGUGCACGUCUAGCCAAAGGAACGAAGCUAGUGAAUAACCCUCCUGGCAAAGCGAGAAAGAGAACUCGUAGUAACACCGCAUCCUCGACGCAAACCAGUACCAACACCCGUCGCUCAAUGGAUACCAUAUCUACUUCGGCUACCCCUCGCCGGGCAGCUUCUCCUCGGGCGGAUCAGAGAAUCCCGCAGGUGGAAUCCCAGGUAGAGAGUAGUGCUGAUGAGGGCACUAUUGCUGGUUCCAAUCAACCACUGCGUAAGAUUGCCUCUGGGGCAUCUCUAUCUGCGCUUUCUCCCUCCGAAACAGCAACACCCUCCACUCCUGCUCUUACACCUGCUAUCAGCUCCAUCACAGAUGACUCGGACACUGACUUCCAGAGUGCUUAUUCUACAAGUCCUCGGGAUAGCUACGUCAGCUUUGAUGGCCGCCAAACUCCUCUCUAUCACGAUUCUGACGAUUCCAUUGAAUUCACCGAUCAAAGCUGCCAUUACGGGAAACAGGUUACUGCUCAGCUCAUAAAUGUGCCUGUUAGAGAGCGAGUCUCUAGUACAGCGACGGCAAUUCUUCAAACUCGAACUGUCUCUUAGCGAAGAUACAGUCGUGCCGAAAGGGCGGGUCCCUAAACAGCACGCUUGAAUCAGCAGUCAAAUUUUAUACCUAUGGCCGAUACCCACCUUUGCAUUACCAUCAUCGUUAUUUUGGGUUGCCCGUUCUUCCCACCACGCUCGUUGCUUUCUGAUCAUCCGUCGUAUUUGUUCCAUUGGAUUCCAUA